GUUAGAGGAAGGAGUGCAUGUGGACUACACAUACUCAUGAGUAAAGACACGGAGAGACGAGCUUUGUGAACUGCACUGUGAGCCUGGAAUCUCGCACUGAAGCGGACACAGUUAUGUAUUGUACUCAGCCUGCCUCUGGCACAGGAAACAACUCAUUGAUGUAUUGCUACAACAUGAAACCAGUUUACGGGCAGUCUCCCACUAAUGACGACAUCAACCAGAACACCUCUUUACACCCGUCCUCCAAGGCCCCCAGCAAUGUGUUUGCCAGCACCUUCUUCGAGGGUACGAGCAAUUCGCCCGACAUCUGGAAUGCUGUAAACGGGCUGAACCAGCAGGGCUAUGAAGGUGCACUGGGAGUAGCCACAACCCACCAAACACAGGCGGGGAGCUACAGCAGCCUGCCUCCAUCACACAAUCACCUGGACUACUCUCCACAUGCAGUGAUGGCGGCUGACAUGAACAGGGGCCUCCCACCAAUGUCCACUUUUCACCGCAACAACGCAGCACCGCGCACUCCGUCAGUCAACACCUCGGAGAAUUCCACAGUCUCGAGGAGUCAAGGAAAUGUGUCAUUAGGGUCACAGACGGGCGAUACCUUGGGCAAAGCUCUGGCCUCUAUUUAUUCCCCCGAUCACACCAGCAGCAGCUUCCCCUCCAGUUCAUCCACACCAGUGAGGUCCCCGUCCCCGCUGCAGAAUGCAGCAGAGCCUGCAGGUACAAACAUGUGGCCCCGGAGUUCAGCUCAGGCACCAGUCUCACCACACUAUGAGUCUUCACUUAUUUCUCUGUCUCAGGUGGAGGACAGACUGGACAGACUGGAUGAUGUGAUCCACAUCUUGAGGAACCAUGCUGUGGGCCCCACAGCCGGCCUGCUCACCGACAUCCAGGGCCUGCUGAACCAAAACCACCAGAGCCAGCCCGGAUCAGCCAGCACUCUGCAACUCAACUGUCACACUCCAACCAUGGUUGAAGCUGUCAAUAUGAACAACAACCACUCAGCCUUCCAGAGCCGCACACUAAACGGCCACCCGUACCCACCCAGACAGAGGCCCACGCUGCAGCAAAUGCAGGGUGGAGGCAGAGGAGGUCUGGUAAUUCAGAGUAAUCUGGAGCUGAAGAUGGAGAGCGGGGAGAGAGAAGAGAUGAUGCACACCGGCCACAGUCACAGCUCUGACAGUCAGAGAUCAGAUGAGGAAGGCGACCUCAAAACACAUGGAGAAAACAGCACGAGUAACAGUAUCCAUGAGGACGAGGACCUGAGUCCUGAGCAGAAAGCUGAACGUGAGCGCGACAGACGGAUGGCCAACAACGCCCGUGAACGUCUGCGUGUGCGGGACAUCAACGAGGCGUUUAAGGAGCUGGGUCACAUGUGUCAGCUGCACCUGAAGAGCGAGAAGCCGCAGACCAAGCUGCUGGUGCUGCACCAGGCCGUGGCCGUGAUCCUCAGCCUGGAACAACAAGUCAGAGAGAGGAACCUGAACCCAAAGGCGGCGUGUCUGCGCAGGAGAGAGGAAGAGAAGGCGUCUGCGGUCAUUACGGAUCCACAGUCCAUGCACCUCGCUUUCCACCCCAGUCUGUCAGACCCUGUAAACCCCAUGGGCCACCUCUGAGCACGUAGUCAUGACUACAUCAUAUCCAGCAUCAAAUGUUGAGUGAAGAACAUCCAGCUGUUUUAGACGUCCAGCGUUUCUUCUGAUUUCUGACCAGAGCGGAGAAGUCGAGGUCUAUUCGUGAUGCAGUUGAACAAUCAUCUUCUCACUUCCCCAACAGACUUUAACUUGUGCCUAAACUUUACUUGUAUAACAGACAAAUGCAUUGUAAGCUGCAGGUGUUUUUUGUACAUAUUUUGUAUAUUUAUUGAUUAUCAGUCUCUUUCAAUAUACCUGAAAGGAUGAAGCCCAGUAGUGACAAAAUGUCAUCUGCAGUUUGAUUUUUUUUUGGCAGAGCCAGAUCGGUUUUUGACUGACUUUUACAGUUCAUCUCUAUUUUAACAAGUAUGCUUGUUGUUUCUCCGAGCCCAGAGCACUGACAUUCCCACAUUUGUGUUCAGACAAAGGAUUUCAUUGGUCCCGUGGUUUGUGUGUGUGUGUGUGUGUGUGUGUGUGUUUUCACCAUUCUGUGAAUGAACAGAUCUCCGAGAACGUUCUUUAACAAGCAGGCGUCGGCUUUUAUUUGUAUAUUUGCUACAAAUCUGUGUUCUAGCGCUGUUAACAAGGUCACACUUCAUGGAUCGCUGGUGGACAGAGUCUCUUGUCCUCUCAGUGUGAUUAUUGCUCUUCAAGUGUAGUCGAAGCUCUUUGCAUGUUUGAGUUUUUAAUAGAACAUCAAAUGUUUUUUCUAAGUUAUGUAAUUUAUCUUUUAUACAAAUAUUGUGUAUUUGGUAAUGUCUCUAUUUACUUUUGUCGCUCUGAUUUUACAAAUGAAAACCCUCUUUGUGCAGUUUAACUAGACAUUAACACAUUUCAUGCUCUGAGCAAUACAGUGUUACAGAAUAAUGGAUGUCUUGUUUUAUUAUCACAAUACUUAAUAACAAUCAAAAAAUACUCCUAUCAUAACAUGUACAGUAUGUGUACAGUUUGAAGUAGCCUACAGGCAUGUGUCAAAAUAAUAAUGUAGCAAUAAAUGUCAUUUUUCAAAUA